AUGAGCACCCUCACCUCCUCCGCCGUCCUCCUCCCGCCACCACAAUUCCGCCGCCGGCGAGCCACCUGCCCUAAAACCACCUUAUUUAUUCCAUUCUCUCCUAUCUCUCUCCAAACACGGCGAGGGCUCACUCUCCCCCCAAUCUCAGCCUCUCUCAAGGAAAAAAUUGGUGGCUUUAAGAAAUCGUGGACCGACUUAACCAGUUUGAACCACUGGGUGGUCAGAGAUUAUUACAGACUCGUAAAAUCAGUGAAUGACUCGAGGACUGUUGUAUUUCGCCAGCGGUUGGAACAGGGCGAGACUCUAGCUGAUAUUCAAGCUGGUCUCAUCCCUGAACUUUUCAUAUUGCAGAUUAUUGGCGGUGCUGUGCUUCAUGAUGGGUCGAUUGCAGAAAUGAAAACUGGAGAAGGGAAAACCUUAGUGUCGACUUUAGCAGCUUAUCUCAAUGCUCUGACUGGAGAAGGUGUUCAUGUUGUUACAGUAAAUGAUUACCUUGCUCGGCGUGAUGCUGAGUGGAUGGGUCGUGUGCAUCGUUUCCUAGGUCUCUCAGUUGGACUUAUCCAAGGUGGAAUGACACCUGAGAAGCGAAGAUUGAACUAUGGAUGUGACAUUACAUACACCAAUAAUUCGGAGCUUGGCUUUGAUUAUUUGCGAGAUAACAUUUGUGGAAGCAGAGAACAACUUGUGAUGAGGUGGUCAAAACCCUUCCAUUUUGCGAUUGUUGAUGAAGUAGAUUCAGUCCUCAUCGAUGAAGGACGAAAUCCGUUGUUAAUAAGUGAUUCGGCAACUAAAGAUGCUGCACGCUAUCCAGUUGCAGCUAAAGUAGCUGAGUUGCUGAUACAAGGGCUUCAUUACACGGUGGAGCUGAAAGAUAAUUCAGUGGAACUUACGGAGGAAGGUAUACUACUGGCUGAGAUGGCCUUAGAAACGAAUGAUUUGUGGGAUGAGAAUGAUCCUUGGGCUAGGUUUGUUUUGAAUGCAAUAAAAGCUAAAGAAUUCUACCGUCGGGAUGUACAGUACAUGAUCCGAAAUGAUAAGGCUCUCAUAAUCAAUGAGUUGACUGGUAGGGUAGAAGAGAAAAGGCGAUGGUCUGAGGGAAUCCAUCAGGCGGUGGAGGCCAAAGAAGGACUGAAAAUUCAGGCUGAUAGUGUUGUGAUUGCUCAAAUUACCUACCAAUCACUGUUCAAACUAUAUCCAAAGCUUUCAGGGAUGACUGGGACUGCAAAGACGGAGGAGAAGGAAUUUCUGAAGAUGUUUAAGCUGCCAGUUAUUGAAGUGCCCACGAAUAUGCCUAAUAUUCGUCAAGAUUUUCCCUUGCAAGCAUUUGCAACUGCUCGAGGGAAAUGGGAAUAUACUUGUGCAGAAAUUCAGUACAUGUUCCGCCUAGGCCGGCCUGUACUGGUUGGGACAACUAGUGUUGAACAUUCCGAAUACCUGUCUGCUUUACUGAGGGAGAGAAAUAUACCCCACAAUGUCCUUAAUGCUCGCCCCAAGUAUGUGGCCAGAGAAGCCGAGAUUGUUGCCCAGGCAGGUCGAAAGUGUGCAAUUACUCUAUCCACGAAUAUGGCCGGCAGGGGCACUGAUAUUAUUUUAGGAGGAAAUCCAAAGGUUUUAUCCAAGGUUAAUGUUGGACCAUCAUCAGCAGGCUUGCUUGCUAAGACUGCACUUAUGUCAAAAUAUGUAUGUAAAAGUGAGGGAAAAAAGUGGACUUAUGGUGAGGCAAGAAAAUUGAUAUUGGAGUCUAUUGAGCUCAGCCAAUCAAUGGAAACCUCAGAAUUAUGGAAGCUCAUUAAUGAGCAGACAGAGAUGUACCCUCUAGGCCCCAGUAUAGCUCUUGCUUAUCUAUCGGUUCUAAAGGAUUGUGAAUCUCACUGUUUGAACGAAGGAUUAGAGGUUAAGAGGCUCGGAGGUCUUCAUGUGAUUGGCACAUCUCUACACGAAUCUAGGAGGAUUGAUAACCAGCUACGAGGCAGAGCAGGAAGACAAGGUGAUCCUGGUUCGACACGGUUUAUGGUGAGCUUGCAGGAUGAUAUGUUUCAGAAGUUCAAUUUUGACACGGAGUGGGCUGUAAACCUUAUAUCCAGAAUGACAAAUGAUGAGGACAUCCCGAUAGAAGGUCAGUCGGUUGUGAAACAGCUAUUGGGCCUGCAAAUUAAUGCUGAAAAAUACUUCUUUGGUAUAAGAAAGAGUCUCGUUGAGUUUGAUGAAGUAUUAGAGGUGCAAAGGAAGCAUGUCUAUGAUCUUCGACAAUUAAUUUUAACAGGCGAUCCCGAGAGUUGCUCACAGCACAUUUAUCAGUACAUGCAAGCAGUGGUAACUGAAAUAGUUCUCAAGAAUGCAGAUCCAGCAAAGCAUCCAAGCAGCUGGAAUUUGGUAAAGUUAUUGAGAGAAUUUAUUGGAAUUUCUGGCAACGCGUUAAAAGACUCUUUUGCAGGGGUUACUGAGGAACAACUUUUGCAGUCACUCACCAGAGUUCAUAGCUUAGAGUCUGUAGACAUUGACAAUUUUCACCUCCCAAAUUUGCCUAAACCUCCGGAUUCCUUUCGAGGCAUCCGGAUGAAGACCUUAUCAUUCAAGCGCUGGUUAACAAUAUGUUCUGAUGAUUCAAUAAAAGAAGGGAGCUUCAGACAGACUGUUAAUCUUCUUUGCAAGUACCUUGGAGAUUUUUUGAUAGCUUCGUAUCUUGAUAUCGUUCAAGAAUCGGGCUAUGACAGUGUUUACGUUAAGGAAAUUGAGAGAGCGGUUAUCCUGCAAACAAUCGAUUGCUUUUGGAGGGACCACCUUGUGAAUAUGAACAGACUUAGUUCGGCGGUGAAUGUAAGAAGCUUUGGGCAUAGGAAUCCGCUCGAGGAAUAUAAAGUUGAUGGGUGUCGAUUUUUCAUUUCUAUGUUGAGUGCCACACGUCGGGUGACCGUGGAGUCCCUAUUACGGCACUGGACGUCCCCUAUGGAGAUUCCCGAACUUUAA